UUCGCUAUGAUUGGUUUGCGCCUUUUGCGCACGGAUUUCAAAUCAGGAGGCAGGAGUGGCGGAUUUUCAGUUGAGGAGCAUUUAAUUUAGGUAGAGAGAGUCUUAGUCCCCGGGUAAAAGGAAGGGAGGAAGCAAGCAAGGGUCUGCUUUGGAUAGCAAUAUCUACAAACGUAAGGUACCUACAUACUGCACAGGCUAUAUGUUUCACUCUAAGAAAGCCACAAUUAAAUGCUCUUGCUACGAGGCUACCAGGGCCGACAAAAUGGAGAAAAGCUCUGCUAGUGUGGCGGCUGCCAAGUCCAAGGUGCAUCACCUUAAACCUUCCCCAGCGAAAGAGCCCACCCCCAUCAAACCCCAGUGGCCCCCUGCAAGUGUGACCACAGUGUUGUUCUCUCUCAACAACGACACCAGAGCGGUCCACAACAAGGAAAACAGCACCAACAAGGAGCAUGAAAGGACUCUGGAUGAAGGGCUUGAGGAGAGUGGGUAUCUGUCUCUGCAGAACAGUCAGAUUGAUGACCACCACGAGGAUGAAGAGGAUGACCACGUCCAGGGAAAACCCACGGCAACCCUGCUGCCUUCUAGUACACACCAAGAAGGGACACCGAAUCAUUCUCCUUCCAAAUGUCAAGGGAGGAAAAACUCUAGCUCACCAGUAGCUCUGGUGACAGCUUCCACGCCUGUACUACGUCCCAGGAGGAGAACAGCAGCUCACCCACUGUCGUCCCCCCCCUUUGACCAUGACAGUGACCCCAAUCUGCCUAUACUGAAGUUCCAGCGGGCUGUGUGUGAAGAGCUUACCAAGAACUAUCUGAAGAAUAAGAGGUACGACUGGAGCAUUGUCACAAAGGUGGCAGAGGAUCAUCUUUUGGAUCAGGUGAUCGGAGGCAAGAUGGGUCAGGAGUACGUCGACAUGUUUACAUCUCUGCUGUCCAAGAACAUGAGGAGCAUCCUGACCAACAUCCUGGCCCUGCUGGGAGACAUGGACCUCAUUAGCUGUAAGAAAGUGAGUAGGACUUGGAGGAGGAUCAUCUGUGAAGAUACCACAGCUCUGAACAGGUGUCAGCGAGCUGAGGAGUCACUCAGGGAGUCAAGUAGCUCUUUGAGACAAAGGGGUUGUGGUCUGACAAGAGACGUGGCUGUAUCCAGGUUGGUGCUAUCCUGCAUGCAGACCCUGGCCUCCUCAAGCACUCCAUCCUCUUCAUCAUCCUAUUCAUCCUCAUCCUCCCUGAGCAGGGUCAACAGACGGACUGCUCCCUCUCAAAAGGCCAGCACACCCAAUUCCCAGUGUACACGAUUCCAAGAAUACAUGCGGGCCGCCAGUAGUCUGAAGCAGCACGAGUCUCUGCGCUCCUGCAAACUUUGUGGCUCACCAGCGAGGCAUUCGGCCGAGGCCCGGAGGGCCACGUGCACACGCCUCAACUGUUUGUUCGACUUCUGCACCCACUGCCAAGAGGCUUUCCACGGCUCAACCCCCUGCCGAACAGUGCAGCCCAGGACCCACUUCCUCACUUCCAAGACAUCCUCAAUCAUACCGGGGAGCGCUCGCAGCAGGAAGAACAUCAGGCGCCUAUGAUGGAAGUUUACUUCGGUCUUAAUUACUGACUGUUUUAACAGGGUGGGUCGUCUUUCUCUGCACGGGCGGCGUUUCCAGUAGCUUGGACAGUGAGGUUUUUACACAAACAAAGUCUGGAAGUGGCUUAUGGUUUCGCACUGAGGCAGUUAAACUUUGUGUUACAUGCAGAUCUUUGGCUCUACUUAUCUGAAUCAACUGAGUGAAGCACUUGUUACAAACACUACUGGGACAAUCAACCAGAGAAUGUCAUGUGGCUAAAACUGUUGUUGUUUGUGAACAAACAAAUCGGAUGCCAAAAAAAAGAGAAAUGCAGACUGAUACGCUUUAAAUUGUACAAUUUUAUUAUGUUUUAAAAUGAAAUGGAUGUAAAUAUAUCGUAUUGUAAUUUUUAAAAGUAUUUGGAUACUUUUUUUUUUUUUAAAUAAAUGUUGAUCCUCAAGAGGUCUUUAAAUGUUCAUAUGUACUGUAUUUGUGUUUUAAUGUAAAUAGAU